AUGUCACACGGAACUCUUCAAGUCACGGUUGUUGAAGCUCGUAAUCUUAAAGACCAAGAUACUCUUGGUCAAAAUGACGCAUAUAUUGAAUUGUAUCUUGACAAAGAUUAUAAACAACGAACAACAACUAUUAAAGAUACUAAUUCACCAACAUGGAAUGAAACAUUUACUUUUAAUUUACAAAAAGGUGAAGAUACUUUGCAUAUAAAGGUCUAUGAUGAUGAUGUAGUUGGUAAAGAUUCAAUUGGUUCAGCAAAAGUUAGUCUAAAAAAAGUUCAACAAGCUGGUGGACAAUUGAAUGAUUGGAUUAAAUUACCUGCUCACCUUGGUCUUGGUUCACAUGGUGAAGUUCAUCUUAUUUUACGACUUAGUUAA